GGCCUUCUCCGAGUCCUUCCCGCACAGGCUCAGAAUCCCUUGCUCUGAGGAGGUGGUGACAUUGUGUCUAUUGUAUCCUUGGAUUUGUCUGUUUGUACAUUUCUCCGUUCCUGAAAUUAAGAGUUAAAAGCAUGGCAGAUGAACAAGAAAUCAUGUGCAAAUUGGAAAGCAUUAAAGAGAUCAGGAAUAAGACCCUACAGAUGGAGAAGAUCAAGGCCCGUUUGAAGGCUGAGUUUGAGGCUCUUGAGUCAGAGGAGAGGCACCUGAAGGAAUACAAGCAGGAAAUGGAUCUCCUACUACAGGAAAAGAUGGCCCAUGUGGAGGAACUCCGAUUAAUCCAUGCUGACAUCAAUGUGAUGGAAAACACCAUCAAACAGUCAGAGAAUGACCUGAACAAGCUGUUAGAGUCUACCCGUCGGCUACAUGAUGAGUAUAAGCCAUUGAAGGAACAUGUGGAUGCCCUGCGCAUGACUUUGGGCCUGCAGAGGCUCCCUGAUCUUUGUGAAGAGGAGGAGAAACUCUCCUUGGAUUACUUUGAAAAGCAGAAAGCAGAGUGGCAGACGGAACCUCAAGAGCCCCCCAUCCCUGAGUCCCUGGCCGCUGCUGCCGCUGCCGCCCAACAACUCCAAGUGGCUAGGAAGCAGGACACUCGGCAAACAGCAACCUUCAGGCAGCAGCCCCCACCUAUGAAGGCCUGUUUGUCAUGUCAUCAACAAAUUCACCGGAACGCACCUAUAUGCCCUCUGUGCAAAGCUAAGAGUCGGUCCCGGAACCCUAAAAAGCCAAAACGGAAGCAGGAUGAAUGAAGAAAAGGAGAACAUAGAGCUCCACUGCUCAUAACCCCUCCCUUUGCCAGAGUGGUUGAUGUCCUGAUGUUAAACAACACUUCCCCACCUCUACCAAGUCUCCUCUAUAAUGUGAUGGAAGCACAACGCCAUUCACACUUAGUUCUUAUUUCUUUUUGCUCUUGGGGUUUUUGGUUUAGGAAGAGAUAUAGUUCAGGUGCUAACGUCAAUGUGUUUGAUUACUUUCUCUCCCGUCUACAUUUCCAUGUCUGCCCUUGUUUGGAGCUGAAAGAAGGGCAGAAGGCCCAGAUAUGAUUCUUUGUCUCUUGUGAAUAAGACCUGGGGCCUAAGGUCUGAGGGCUCAGGGCCAUCCAUAAUUUGUUUCAUGUGAAGACUUGAGUUUCCUCCUCCCUGUAUUUUUGCCUUAGAUUCAGAAGGGACAACAGUCUUAACGGACUUUCCAAUAGGCUUGAUGCAUACAUCUUGCCACCCCUCCUCAUCUCAUCUUCAAGGUCCAGAGGGAGCUUACAUAAGCCCUCCUUUUCAUAUUCAUUUGGAAGACCUGUCUCUUAUAGAGUUCACCCUCAUUCCUGGUAUCUCAGAUAUACUAAAAUUCUUAGUUAGUGGGCUGUGUGUCCGAGGGUCCUGAUAUCUGUGGGCCUUUACUCCAUAUCCCUACUUUUUGCAAAUCAGUAAUAGAAUUUAUGCACAGUGAAAUCUGGAAACCAGAUCCACUCCACAAGUCCUGCCUAAGUUGAUGCGGUAAGGCAUUGGAUUGAGGACUCUGCUGUACAAGCUACCUUAGGCUGAGAGGAUCCCCAGGCUAACAAUAUCUGUGUUUUGCCUUUUUAUUUUUUUUUUUUUUUCAAAAUCAUCACUCCAGUAUUUUACUCAGUGUUGUAUCUUUGGAAUCACACAAGUUAGUUAAUAUUCAAGUGAGUGCAAAUCACUUGACAAUUUUACACAUGCAGGUGAGUAAGAUUUGCCCUCCAGUCAACAUUCCCUCUUUUGGGUUUUUCCCCUUCUAUAAGACAGUAUCAGCUCAGGUCAGCUGCUGGCCAUCCCUUUCCUAUGGAUUAUGCAAGUGGCCUUCCCUCCCUAAAGAAAAAUAUACCAGCUCCCCAAGCCCUAACAACUCUCUAAUUAAGUCAAUGUCAGACUUAAGAAAUAGGGAUGGGGCUGUCUGACUGAAAAAUUUUAGUUCCACAUCUUAGUCCUUGGCUGGGGAGGGGAGAUAUUUUUCCUUCCUUAAUUGUAGUUUUAAGUUGUCACAGUGACUGUGUGUUCAUAAUAUAAAGCGUUCCUUUGCUCAUUGAAAAAUAAGAUAUAUGUCUGUACAAAUCCUUUUAAAUAAACAUUUGUUCAUUGGAGUAAUGCUGACUGGAUGCCUGCAAGUAUCAGAUGUAAUGCCUUUUCCCCUCCUGGGGGAAAAGCAACUCUACUUCUUGGUGGGAGGAACUGUGUAUGUCAGCGAUGAGGGGGAUUGUUGGCCAUAUUUGC